UCAUUCACCGUAAGAGCAUUUAACGGUUAAGAGUGACUCUUUAGAAACUUCCUGUUUCGAUUUUAAGACGCACUUGUAAGCACAAAUGCUUUUGAGUCUCAAGUUUUUAGUGUGGGCGGUUUCGGAGUUGAAAGUCACGCGCUUCCUGUUUACUAGCCACAAGUGGAUGAUGGGAAUUGUUAUUUUUCUCGCCGUCGAGCGCAUUCAAUAUAACCGAUUCGGAACUACAGACGUGUCAGUGCUGCGCAGCCGCAGUCGCGAGUUUGAGGGAGGGUCGAGGAAGCGCGUCCUGGAUAAUUUGCUGACCACCCCUCAGAUGUUGACUUGAGAAGGGCAACAUUAGGAAUACAACAUGACAGAACGGGCAAACAACUUUCCUCCCCUGCCUAAAUUCCUAAAAGUGAGGCCAUGCUUUUACCAGAAUAUCCAGGAGGAGAUUCCCACCCCCCAUCAGCAGCUGGUGAAGAGAAUCUUCACACUUUGGAUGAUUUAUUCUGGGACGCUGUGCUUGAAUGUGAUUGGCUGCAUAGCGUGGUGGGCCGCGGGGGGUUACGGCUCCAAUUUUGGAUUCUCGUUGCUCUGGCUCAUCCUCUUCAGCCCUGCCAGUUACCUUUGCUGGUUCAGACCCAUCUACAAAGCUAUCAGGGCGGAUAGCUCCUUCAACUUCAUGGCCUUCUUCUUCAUCUUCUUCCUUCAGGUGGUGGUGGCCUUCAUCCAAUGUUUAGGCAUCAGCAACUGGGGCAUUUGUGGCUGGAUUGCUACGGUGACGUUUUUCAGUCACAACGCAGCCGCCGCCACAGUGAUGCUUCUCACCACGCUGCUCUUAACGUUAGUGACCACCUUAAUGGUGGUGGUGCUCAUCAAGGUUCACAGACUGUACCGUGGCAGUGGAGGCAGCAUGACGCGUGCUCAAGAAGAGUGGGGCACCGGCACAUGGAAGAAUGCGCCGGUGAGGAAGGAUGAGUUCAGCGCCGUCAACCAGACCGCUCAAGGCCCCAGCUUGCCGGAGUACCCUGCAGCAGUGCCCAGUUAUCUGGAUAACCGCAGUUGGUAAUAGUCCUGCACCACCCUCUACCUGUGGAGGCGACUGGAACGCAAUAGAUGCAAGAAAUUUCAAAUCCACCCCAUGCAUCUUUGAUGGAGGACAGUAUUUUCUUUGUACACAUUUUUGGAACACAGUAAACCCCUGCGAAAAAAACUGCAAGUUCUUGUUGAACACCCCCCCCAUCCCCUCCCCCAGUGGUGCAUUGUGAUACGAUUUGGUUUUGUGACCACGCUAGUAACUCAAAGCACUCUGAUCACAAAUCUUUUCCCACUGAAAUGAAUGGAAAUGUCAUCAAUCCAUUCCAGCCUUUCAAAAUAAACCGAAAUGUUAGUAAUAUGAUUUUAAAAAGAAAAACAGCACUAUGAUAAAGUACUUAAUAAAAAACAUAAAGCAAUGACAAUGAACUUGAUUAUAUAGAUAUUAAACAUUUUUUGCCACAGUUUUUGUUUCACUUUAAUGGACAUUGUGCUGUCCCUUCUGGUGUGCUCACCUUGGCCACCUGGGAGCAGUAUAGUAUAGACAUACGGAUAUAGGGCACUGUACAUGGAGACUGUGUCAGCUGCUCAGUAAGCCACAGUAAUAUUAGUCAUUCUACUGUGAGGAUAAAGAAUAUAUGGCUGUUAGUAUUGUUAUGUUUA